AUGGUUUCUCUACCUCGGAGCAGCAGUCUUCCCAGCGUGCGCACUGAUGCUUCAGGAGCUGCUGAUCAGCCAAGCUCCGACUCAUUUUAUGACAGCGAUAACACCGAGGGCGAAGGAGCAUCAGCUGCAGCUCCUAUGGCAUCCAGCAGCCACCAGCGUACCACCUCCGGCUCACAGGGCGAAGAAGACCACGAUGAAGAAGUUGACGCUGUCCUGGAGGAAGAGCGUAUGCGUAUAGAACAGUUGACUGUCGGAUGGGACGAUCCAACCCAGGUGAACUGGGGGCGAGCCCGAACAAAACAGCCGCAGCUGAGUCGGCUCAAAAACCCUGACGAGCUGUCCAUUAUUGAGAGUGAACAGCUUGAGGUGGUCGGUGAAGGCGAUGGUGGACGGAUGGCUCCGUGCGAGGAACUACCGUGGCGGAGGAGGGCUACGUCCCCCAUAACUAUCUGGACGUGGAGCGCGAGCAGCAAGAGGAACCGAAAGAAGAACCCAGAGUUGAAAGCAGUCGAAGCUGAACCGCAGUUACCAACACUUGGCUACUGCUUCGCCUUGUACGAUUAUGAUGCUGAAGCAUCUGAUGAGCUUAAUCUUGAAGAAGGACAGAUCAUACGCAUCGUGUCUCGAGAUGCUCACGGCGUGGACGACGGCUGGUGGCGUGGUGAAGCCAACGGCAUAUUGGGCAACUUCCCAUCCCUGAUUGUCGAGGAGUGUGAUGAGAACGGCGAGCCACUAAGCGGCAUUGAAGACUGGACACCUCCCGAGUCUGCGCCCCUCGUAUUUGCUUCACCACCGGGUACCCCACCAGGGCAGGAAGAUGAGAGUAAGCACUUGUGGCGCUCCUCCCAUGUCCCGCCGCCCCCGCCGCCGACCGACCUCAGCGACUCAAUGGAUAGCCAGCCCGACUUCAGUUUUAAUCUAGAACUCAGUAGGAAUCACCAUGAGCAGUAUGGGCUGCAGUUCGGUGAAGUAGCUCCUGCGGUCACCAUCGUUGGUAAGUUUCGUGAUCAACGUAUUAUCCAGGACGACGAAGAACCCCCGCUCCUGGUGAGGGCACCGGAGCCCCCGACAGUUGAGCUGCCACCGUCAGAUGACUGCGGGCUCGGUGUAGCGCAGAUCGUCAUCACAGCCGCGACACCGAUGAUAGAGGAGCCAGAUCAGCCCUUCCCGCCGCCUGCGCCCGAGGCGGAGGCCGACGCCGAGAUCGAACAGGACGCCCAGACGGAGCCACAGAACGAGGAGAACGACGACGACGAGUCGUCGCUGUCGGAGCAAACUGCGGUCUGUCUCAGAGAUUCGGACGAGGGUCCGGCCGACUCAGCUCCGCAUCCUCAGUCGAGCUCGACGGCUUCGGAAGGAGAAUCAGGCGGCGCGUCAGUAGCGUCAGAACCUCCCACCGCGCCGCAGUCGCCACCAGCUGCACCGCGUGGCGGUCGCGCCUCCAUCCCGACGAGCUCGAGCCCGCGCAGCUCGCGAGGCUGA